AUGCUCAAGUUCCAGCUUGCAACGCCGCAGGAUCUCAGGGCUGCUGCAAAAGUCGAGCACAAGCGGCAGAUCGAGGAGGCGAGGAAAUCCCGCAUAUUCAACCCUCGAUCCAGGCGCAUUGGGAUAGAUAAGGAAUUCCUGGACAAACAGGUAGAGGAGAAAAAACAGCUGGCUCAGCUCGAGAAGGAGAAAGAAUACCGGAUGGACGAGCAACUAGUGCGUAGCAGCCGAUUGGCGAUGAUGUUGGAAAAACGAGAGGAAGAGGAAAAGCGAAAAAUAAAUAAAGAGAUCAACACUUUCCGCACUGUUUACCAACGCCCUGAGGAUCGCAGAGACUUCGAUCUGUACGAUCCCGACAUUUUAAAAAAGACAAUGCCAGCACGGGUCAGAGACGAAGAUCCUCGUCUCGGUCUUGCUUCAGCUCAAAAAUUCGAGGGUGAGGAUGAGAAUGCCCAAGCACGAGCAAGAGUUCUGAAGGAACAGAUGCAGUCGUGGCUUGAGCAGCAAACCCAGGAGCGACGCAAGGCGGAAAAGGAGCUGAAAGAUGCGGAUGAAGCUUAUCAAAACGCUGUGGUAGCCAGAGACAAACGCGCUGUUAUACUCGAGGGAAUGGAGCAUGAAUGUCGCCGAAAAUUGAACGAAACAACAGCAAAAUUCAAUAAAGCUCUCGCGGAGGAGCAGGAGUACCGCAGAAGACGCGCCGCGGUCCAAGAUGAGGAAGAUAAGAUGGCAGAAAUCUACAACCAUGUAACCGGAGAUUUCCUGACCGAGGCACCGGAACAAGCGGCGAGUAACAGAGGGCCGGACAAGCCGCUGGCUAGUCGGUACAAGGGCAUGUCAGCUGCUGAACUCAAGGCAUUCAGGGACGUUCAAGCAAUUCAGAUGGAAGAGAUUACGAAAAUGAGACACGCGGAGAAAUGCAGGGACCAAGAAUGGGACAAACAAAUGUCGGGGAAUGCUCACGCUGCAGUAGCAUUUGAGCGAGAACUGGAACGCAAGAAGAGACAAAUCAGCAAGCAAGUGGCGGAAGAAAAUCUCCAGCUUGCCGAAGCUCAGAAAUCCCAUCAAGACUACCUGAACCGCGUUGUUUACAAGAACAAACCCACAGCAGCAUUUUUUGAACAAUUCAACAAAGGAACUCGUUAGAUCUUCGAUAAUGACUGAUAUAUGCAAAUUUAUAAUUUCCUUGCAGGUCGUUGAGACUCAAGUUUUUUACCACUGUAUUUUGCUAGUAUAAUGUUUUUACUACUUAUCGUAUCCGCAGCUCUGUGUGCCUGUACAAUGUCAAUGUAGUGAAUAAAGAAGCAAAUGAAGAUGUAAUUUUAAAAGAUGUGUCAAACACAGAGCGUGUACAAUGUGCA